AUGAAGACUGCAACAUUACAACAGUAUCUCGUGUCUACUUGUGUCGUGGGCUUGAUCUCCCAGUGUCUCUUUGCUUGUGCACAGGAAUGGACAACACUGCCCAGCAGCCGCACACCUGGCCUGGUGCACAGCGGGCGUGAAGUUGACCAGCCUAUGUGCACAGCACUGAUCAUCAAGAAGCACUACGCACUGACUCCGGCAAGCUGUGUGCCCCGGCUGGGCAUCCGGCCUUAUGUCUGUAACCCUGUGUGUGCAUUCAAGCCAGCACAGGCUUGUGCACCUGCCCAAGUCCACCCAAAGUCGCUGGACACCGGCGGACAUGAUGUGGCAGUGUACGCAUUGCCACAUCUGGCUCAUGCCGUCGAUGUUGGGACUGCGGGCAUCUACCCCACGCUUGCGGCUCCCGACCUGGCAGUGCCGGUGAACACGGUCGUGACUGCUGUGCGGUUGAGAGGAGAUGUCGCUGAGGCCGCGCAAUUUAUAGUGGUGAAUGAGAAGUUCUGCCUGAGCGCCGGGGACAGCGAAAGGGCAAGGAAGAUCUGUGCGCUGCCGCUGGCGCCGGGGGGGAACUUGUCAUCCAUGAGGACUGGGGCAUCGGAUGACCCUGUGUUCCUGUUCAUGUCUGACCCCACGUGCUCGUUUGACACGGGUUUUGUGGGCACCGACCUGCUUGUGGCAAUCGGAUAUUGGGACAAGACUGUGAUGCCAGGCGUCCUUGGCUUUGUGGGCACUCCUGUAUCUGAGAUCAGGGGUUGGGUGGAUGCGACUGCCAUCGAGGAUCCAGGCCUUCUGUACCAACUGUGGCACCGCAUUCCUCCCUUUUCGCUGGUCGUCGUCCUUGUGCAUGCUUGGAUGCUGUGGAAGUUUUGUGUGUUUGCUGCAAAGCUGUGGGAAUGCGAUGACCACAUGUUUCAGAUGGCCGAUGAACAACCCCUGAAACGCCAAGGCUCGAAAGAAUUCGAAGAUGGGAGCGACAAUGGCAGCAGCACCGGCGGCAUUCAUGGCAAGAGCUACGAUACUGUCCCCAGUUGA